CCCAAUAGUAGUGGAGAUUUCAUUGAAUGGGACUGACGUCCAAAUGGAAGUCGAUACAGGAGCAUCUGUCUCGCUCAUUAGCGAAGAAACUUUGAGCUUAAUAAAGAAUGAAAACACGUGUAUCACUAAGGUGAAAGACAAGCUUCUCACCUAUACGGGGGAACGAAUUGCCGUACUGGGUACCGUCAAUGUUGAAGUUCAACACAGAGGUGAAACGCACACCCUGCCCCUUUAUGUCACAAAGGGAGCGCACCAACCUUUGCUAGGAAGGAACUGGCUGUCAAAAGUGCAACUUGAGUGGCAACGCAUUCUAACGAUUCGAACUGAACGUAGACUUCAAGACAUUCUAGACGAGCAUCAAGAUGUAUUCAGGCCAGGACUAGGGAAGAUGAAGGGUGUCAAAGCCAAGAUCCAUAUGGAAGCAGAAGAAACGCCCAAGUUCUUUAAGGCCAGAACUGUGCCGUAUUCAAUGCGGGCUAAACUGGAAAAGGAGUUGGACCAGCUACAGUCUCUAGGAGUGAUCAAACCAGUCCAAUUUUCAGAGUGGGCAACGCCCGUAGUUCCCGUCAACAAGGACAAUGGACGAGUACGACUAUGUGGAGACUACAAAGUCACACUGAAUCGAAGCUGCAAGGUGGAUAAGUAUCCCCUACCGAGAAUUGAGGAUCUUUUUGCUUCUUUUUCUGGCGGAAAGAAGUUCACAAAGCUAGACCUGAAACAUGCGUACCAGCAGAUUGAACUGGACGAGGAGUCGAAACCGUUAACAACCAUUAACACGCACAAAGGUCUAUUUCAGUACGAUCGCUUACCUUUUGGAGUUUCGUCCGCACCAUCAAUUUUUCAACGAGUGAUGGAAAAUCUAUUGCAAGGGAUACCUGGAGUGUGUAUCUACAUAGACGACAUAUUGAUCACAGGUCACACGGAAGAGGAGCACUUGGAGCACCUGACAGAAGUCCUUACCAGAUUGUCGAAAGCUGGGCUCACUCUCAAGAAGGCAAAGUGCUCAUUCUUUUUGGAUUCGGUGGAGUACCUCGGACACAUAAUCAGCAAGGAUGGACUGCACACAUCGGAGUCAAAGGUCAAGGCUGUUCUAGAGGCACCCUCUCCGAAGAAUGUGCCAGAGCUGAGGCGAAGGUCAAGGCUGUUCUAG